AUGGGCCUGUCGGAUGAGGAUGCCAAGAAGGUCCUCCGGGCCGUUUUCAAUGGGCGAGAGAAGACCACUUACGAGUCUGUGACUGAUGCAAUACUGACACUGACCAGUGUCACGGAGAGCAACCUUGAAACAAUGAUCGGGCGAGUUUCGCUGUUCAAGAGGGCAUUCCGCAAGAUCGACGUCGACGGCAAUUCGAAGUUGAGCUUUGGAGAGAUCGUUGGAAUGAUGGAUUCUCUGCAAAUGGAGAAGAAGUUUGCUGCUGACGUAUUCUCUUUCUUGGAUGCAGAUGAUUCCGGUGAGAUUACCUGGCAAGAGUUCGUCCGCGGUGUCAGCGAUGCUCAGUUUCAUGUACGCUUUCCGCAGAUUACGCUGGAAGCCUUGGUGGCCUUGCCUUCCAGCCUAGCGCGGGACAGGCUUGUCAGCGCAGAAGAGGAGGCUGAAGCAGUCAAAAACCUCCCGGCCGUGGAAAAGACGCUGUAUUGGUUGCUGUCUUUGAUGUAUGGUCGGUCUUCCCCGAACCGUAUAGCUCCAAUGGAGGAGGAGGAGGACCUGAGCAGUGGCCCCAGGCUACAGGAUUCCCAGGAUUCCGAGCCGCUGCCUGGCAUGAAGUUGCCAUGGUUCGCAUCUGAAAGAUCGGAAAAGAAGGAUGCGAAUGAACUCAGCCCCAGCUGCAGCUCGAGUGAUUCAGAGCUGACGGCAACGACCAGUGAAUCAUCCCAUGCACCCACGGAGCAUGACGUGACAGCGCCGUGGCCAGACUCACCAUACGCCGUGAAGUCGCGCAAGGAGCGAGAUGUCGUGGUGAUUACAAGGAAGCAGCCGAAGAACCCCGACAAGGACGCAGCCGAAGCAUCCCGAUCCUUGGCAGUGCUUGAUGUGGUGGUCAGGCUGCAAGGUAUCGUGUUUCAGUCGAACAAGCCGCCGAAGGCGACGAUGAAGACCAUGUCCAUCAAGGAUGCCGUCACCACGAUGCGUGAGAUGGAGGUGGAGGACAGCAAAGCUCAUGUUCUCACGGAGGAAAAGAGGAGAGCACUCUGGCGCUGUUCACAUGGCGCAGUUCUCGCCGGCGUGAUUGCGGGAGUUGGUGCUGCAUUCUUCGCACAGGCGCUUAACGAUCUGACCGCAACCAUGGUCGAUGAGGAGGAAGACUGGCUAGCCUUCAACAGCAUCGCCGGCAGCUUUUCUCUGAUAUGGUCAUUGGCCGAGAUGGUCGUUUGCUGCAUCGCCGCCCUUGUUGCAGCCGUCAGGAUGACCCGCAUAUGUGGCAUCACGCUGGUGCCCAUGGACCAGGAGCGUGCGAUGCUUGCAGGAUCACUUGCACGUGCAGCCUUGGAGCUGGGGCAUCCCAAGGUUCGAACCUUUGGGAUUGACCCUCACAAGCGAGCCAGCAAAUUUCUCCUGCUCCUCUAUGCCUUGAUCUAUAUGGGCAGCCGUGGUGUCACCAAGUUUAUCAUCAAGCUGAUUGUCAAGAAGGUCGCACCUCGGACAUUGCUGAAAUUCGCAGAGAUGGCUCCUUUGGUGAUCGAGAUUCUUAUCAAUGUCAUGUUCAAUUCUGUGACGGUCAGGUACGCCAUGAAUGAGGUCAUGGUCUGCACGCUCGGCCCCUCUGCAACCGUAGAGGUGAUGAGCCAGCUCAUAAAAGCGCAUCGGGAGAGUGCUGUGGAAGAACCUUUGUCUGAUGAGCUGAAGUGCUUGGCUCUGCGAGCCGUAGGCGUCUCCAUCACUUACAAGAUGCAGAUGCAUCCCAACAGCCGGUGUUUGCUGAACCACAUCGUCAACCUCUUCAUAGAUGAUGGCUUUGUGAGUCGGGCCAAAAAGGAGUACGGCCAAAGACUGGAAGUGGCGAAGCUAAAGCGAAAAGCCACCAAGUCCUUCUUGACCCUGCCGAGCAGCAAGGCACAUUGCCGGGCGACAUCGCGCAACCUCUAUUCUGGCGGUGGCUGCUGGAGUCGCUGGUUUCGCGCCAAAGCACAGCCAGAGAAGCCCCAGGAGUCGCUCUACGAGGAGCUGGCGGAACUGGGCUUGGACGACGAAGACUUGUUCUUCGACGGCUUAGCAGGAUUAGAGCAUCGGGAUGCUCUCUUUGCCUGCUCCAUGCUGCUGUUGGCACUCAUGCUGGAUGGUCGCGUUGGAAAGUCAGACUGGACGUUCAUCGAACGUGCUGCCAGGAGUGUCAACCCUCCUCUGAAGGCGAAUUGGUCGGGUGCUGUUCAUCUGAUGAAUAUCUACUGUGGUGGAAGGCAGAUGAAUGCGAGACUCUUCCACGAUGUCUUCGAGAACGGUGAGGAUGGUGAGGCGAAGGCCACCUGCUGCGAGUUCGUGGCGCGGGGAAUGCGAAAUUCGCUCAACUACAUCAACUGCUGCUGA